AUCCUCCGAGAAAAGCAGGACGACUUGAAUUUAGCCUGAAAAAGCAACAGAACGGGACAGGAGGAGUGAGACUUGUGCUCAGAGGAGGAGCUGCUGUCCCAGGGCUGGCCCCUGCUCUGCAGCAGCUCCGUGCACAGGCUUGUGCAAGUGUGUUUUGUGUGUAUGGGAGGACAUGAUGAGAGCUCGGGGAGGAGCAAGCAGAAUCUGCCGAGAACUCUUGGGUCUCGAUGAGGCGCAGGCAGCCUGCUGGAGCACAGAACUCGAUUAAACAGGACAAAACCCACACACUCGCUGGGAGAGUGUGUUUUCCCUCCGACAGGGCACAGCGAGAGGGGAGGGGGGCUGCUUUGGUUAUUUGUUUUUAUAUCUUUAUCUCCUGAGCAGCUGCAUAAAGGACCAGCAUCACUGGCACCAUGAGUCGAUGGCUUAAAUGCACCUCCAUUUACUUUAACACUGACUGGAAUAAGUAUGAUGACCGGCUGAUGAAGGCAGUAGAAAGAGGAGAGGUGGACAAGGUGUCAGCCGUCCUCAGUAAGAAAGGAAUCAUCCCCACCAAACUAGACGUAGAGGGCCGCUCUGCUUUUCAUCUUGCUGCUACCAGAGGACAUUUGGAAUGCCUUAGUGUCAUCCUCAGUCAUGGAGUUGAUGUCACAGCCAGUGAUGCCACAGGAAAAAACGCCUUGCACUUAGCAGCCCGGAAUGGACAGUCACUGUGUGUGCAGAAGCUCCUACAGCAUAACUGCCCUGUUGGAAAUGUGGACCUGCAGGGAAAGACGGCUCUGCAUGAUGCUGUUAUGGCCGGCUGCUCCUCCAGUGUUAAGCUGUUGUGUGACAAUGGGGCUUCGGUCAACGCUAGUGACUUUGAUGGGCGAACUCCAUUGGUGCUGGCCACUCAGAUGUGUCAUCCUCGUAUCUGUCAGAUCUUGCUGGACCGAGGGGCUGACAUCAGAGUGCGCGAUAAGCAGAACAAAACCGCCCUGAUCCUGGGAUGCGAAUUUGCCUGCAAGGACGCUGUAGAGGUUUUGUUGAAGAGUGGAGCUGAUGUCACUGCUGUGGACAGCUUCGGCCAUGACAGCUAUCACUAUGCCCGACUCAGCAAAAACCCGGAGCUCAUCAGCCUGAUCAAGAGCUGUCUGGAUAAUGUGAAAGCAAAAGAAGCUGGCAGGGCGGAACUGAAGAAGAGACAGCUGUCUGUGGAUGUGGCCCCUGAGAUGUCAUCUAACAAGGAUCAGGUUAUUCAUGAUCUUGAGAAGCAGAAUGAGAGCCAACAGGAGACUCUGAGGAAGUAUCAUCAGGAACAGAGGGUUCUGAAGGACAAAGUCAGCAUCCUGCAACAGCAGCUCAGUAAGGAGAAGUUGAUCGUAGAGGACAUCCACAAAGAGAGGGAGCAACUGAAGCGCAUGCUGUCUGCCAGAGAGAAAGAGACGACAGCUUCAGAGACCGUGAAGGUUCAGCACCGGAGCCAGCUGGGAGAUUACUCGGGCCAGUCUGUGAUUAAAGGGAAAGAACCUGUUCUUGUCAGACAAGCUCAAAGUCUGGAUUCAGCUCAGAUUUUGCAGCCUUCUGUUCCAUCUCGUUCUGUAUCCCGGCCCUUAGAGCUCUCUCACCCGGUGAUGCCAAUCCCUAACGAGGUGGAGACAUUGCGUCAGGAGCUGUGGUCUACCCGUAAGCAGCAGGAGGCUGCACAGGAAGAAGUAGGACGUCUCCAGGCAGCACUCGCGCGAAAGACCAAGGAGAGUGAAGAACUGGUUCAGAGUCGUGACUCAACCAAGCGAGAGGCAGAUCGACAGAUUCAGGAGCUAGAGCGGGCACUGGGAGACGUCCAGAAGAGGAUGCUGGACUCUGAAGCGAAGGUCAAACAGCUACAGGCACAUGUGAUCACAGUAAAGGAGCAUCUCGGCAACCAAAUGUUAGAUGACCUCAAAGCUCAGCUCAACGAUGUUAAGGUGAAAUAUGAAGGUGCGUCAGCUGAAGUCGGCCGGGUCAGGAAUCAUUUGAAGCAGAGUGAGAAAGCUCUGGAGGAGUAUAAGAAGAGUGAAGGCUUCUUGGCUGAAGAGGUUGAGAAGCUGACAGCUGAGUUGAAUGCAACGAGAGAAGAGCGUGAUAAGAUGGUUGAGACCCUCUUAGAAAUGGAGGCUCGUGUUAAAGAAAAAGAGAAACGUCUGGCUACCAUGGUGCCUGGAGAGAAGUUCGACAACAUGAAGAACCUUCUAUCUAAUGCAGUGGAUCAAAAGGAGAGACAGCUGGUGGAGCUGCGGGAGGAUUAUGAUCGUGUUCUGGAGGAGGUGGCUGAGCUCCACAGGGAGGUGGACCACCAGGACACUGUGCCCCUUCAGGAGCAUGAGAAACUCAGGGUGGCUCUGGAGGAACAGAAUGAUAUCCUGAAAAAAAAACUGGCAGAUGUCACUUCUAAGUGUCAGUCACUGAUCUGUGAGGUCGAGGAUGGCGAGGAUGAGAGGGAGCUGCUUCGAGAAGAGCUGCACGAGCUCAGCAAGAACCUCCAAACGCAGUUUGUUUCUGUUGAGACUCAUGAAGAAUUGAAGAAGGCUCUGAAUCUUGCUAUGGAGGAGCUUAAGGACCAGCUUGAUGAGACAACCGAGAGGAGAAAUCAUGCUGAGGAGCAGUUGAGGAGGCUCCAGGAGGAGAAGGCCUCUCUGGCUGAAGACAUGAGCAGCCUGAAGAGCACUCACAUACCCAACGAAAGGUACAAAAGUGAGGUGGCUGCACUUUCAGCCCUUAAAGCAGGGAUGGAGAAGGAUCUAGAGAAUCUUCAGAGGAAGUGCAAAGAUAAGGAGAAGGUGCUUGAGGUUGUGGCAGCUGAGAACAUUGCACUGAAACAGAGCUUGGAGGGAGAGUUUGUUAAAAGAGAAGCGUAUGCGAAAGUGCAGAAGGAGUUACAGGAAGCGUUGGAGAAAGCCAAAGUCGAAAUUCACAAAUUGGAAGAAGAUGGGAAAGUUAAAGAGGACGAGUUGAAGAAGGUGAAAGAGGGAAGCGCUAUGUUAAAAGAGAAUCUGCAGGAGAAAUUGGAAAAGGACUAUAUCAGCCUUGUUGACCACGAGGCAAUGAAAAGCCAGUUAAACAGUGCUUUAGCUGAAGCAGAAAGAAGUGCUAAAGAGGCCUUCUCCAAAUACGAGUCUAUUCAAGAAGGUACUUUAAAACUUCACAAAGAAAUCGAAGACCAGAAGAAAGAGCUGGAUACUAUUCAUGAAGCUAUUCAAUCUAAAUUUGUGCCAGUAAGUGCCCUGGAGGAAAAAGAAAAGGCCUUCAAUACCACUGUGAAGGAUCUACAAGAAGAGCUAACAAAAAUGGAGCAGAAGUACAAAAACGUACAGACUGAUAUGGAACAUGAGAGACGAGACAAAGAGACUGUGAAAUUGGAGAUGAAAUCUGUGCAGAAGAAACUGGAGGCUAACUUGGUCUCCAGUGAAAAAUGCAGAGAAAUUGAAGACGGCUAUAAAGGCCAGAUGGAGACCUUGAGUCUGAAGUUAGUGGAACUGGAGCAGCAGUACAUGGAGGUAACUGUUCAGCGAGCUGAACUGGAGGAACAGAACUCGCUCUGCAAAACCGAAAUGAUGAACCUCCAAGAGCGUCUAGAAAACGAGUAUGUUCAUCUGGAGCAGUUUGAAGCCAUGAAGAACUCGCUGACCUGCAGUUUGCAGGAGGCACAGGCUGAGUGCAAGCGCCUCAAUGAGGCCUACAACUUGGAGGUCCGGCGCAUCCAUGAUUUGGAGAAAGAGCUGCAGAGCCAUAGAACUGAUGCUGACCUACUGGCUCAACACAGCCAAGCCAAGGAGGCUCUGGAGCGAGAAGCAGCCAAGCUCCGUUUGGCCCUGAGGGAAGAAGAGGAGACCAGCGCCCAGAGGGCUGAAGACGUAGCCACUCUGCAGACAGAGCUCCUCAGAGCAACACAUGCCUUAGAUGAUCUCCGCAGCCACGAAGGUCAGUUGGUCGAGCUCAAAGCUGAGAAGCAGAGGCUGGAGGAGGAGGUAGGAGAGCUCAGCGAUCGGCUCUUGGGUUUAGAAGAGCAGUGUGAGGAGCUAUACCAGGAAGCAGCCCAGGCCAAAGAAGGUGAGAAGAGAGCCAGGAUGGAGACGGAGGCCCUGCAGACCAAGAGCGCCUCAAUUGAGAGAGAAAUCCAAGAUCUGAAGGAGAGAUACGAUGACUCGCUAAGCACCAUCGGCGACCUCCAGAAAAGGAUUCAGACUUCGUCAGAACAAACCGAGGCCAAAGACAAAAGGAUCACAGAGCUGUUGGCAGAUGUGGAGAGGUUGAAACAGGCUCUCAAUGGCCUGUCCCAGCUGGCUUACACUGGCAACACUCCCAACAAGAGACAUGCUCAACACAUUGACACACUCCAGGCGCAGGUCAAGAGCCUCCAGCAGCAGCUGGCUGAUGCUGAGAGGCAACACAGAGAGGUGGUUUCAAUUUAUCGAACUCAUCUUCUCAGUGCCGCACAGGGUCACAUGGACGAAGACGUUCAGGCAGCAUUGCUGCAGAUUAUCCGAAUGAGGCAGCAGUUUGUGUGUUAAACCCGUCCUCGAGACGCUCUCUGACUCAAAUCCACCCUGUCCACUGAAGGUGUGCAGUUAGAAAACAGGAUCAGUCAAAAAGCAUUCAAGAUGUUAGACGUUACUCAUCGCAGAACGGGAUAAACACUGCAGUAGCAUUUGCAGUACUGUUUCUGAGAAAUACUCAAGUUAUUCCACGAAAUUGAGUCGUACAUGAGCUGAUAGCCGACGAGGCGCAUAGCACCGAGUCGGCUUUAAGCCAUGUACAGUGAGAUUGAGUGGAAUAACCUGUUUCAUUCUAUCCACAUUCACUGGAUUUUGAGAAACGGAGCAUUAUUUUUUGCAAAUUCGAUAAAUAACUUUUAUACAAAAUGUCUAAUCAUUUCCGCUUAGAAUGUAAACAAACUGGCGAAAUGACAGUCGCAAUUUGUGAAAAAUGCGAUGAUUCUUGAAGAAAAGAGACCUUCCCAUCAAAUACUUUGUGUUUUGUAUUUUUGGGGAUUUUGUUUGAGUCGUUUUCAUUUUGUCCUCGGUUGGUUCAGUAGCACAGUCCGCCCCUUUUUUUUUUUUUAACUCCACUCACGGUAUACGAGCUGAUAUCCUAGUAGUAGAGUAGCCAAUCAGAGCGUGCGAUUGCUCAUAUCCAGUGAAUGAGGCUAGAAUAAAGUACUUUAUUCCUGUGUGCUAUAAUGUUGAAUUGGAGGAGGAAAAGGAACUAAACUAUAGGUUUCCUUGUCACCUGGGUGGUGCACUUUUUAACUUUUACCUGGAAAGCUGCAUUAAUGUACCUUUUUUUUUUAAAUUAUAACCCUAGAAGCGAAUGAAGUAAUUUUAAACGCAUCAUACAUUCAUGUUACUAUGUAAACGAUCUAUAUUACUACCAUUUGCAAAAGAUGUAGGAGACUUGGAGUGAAGAGUUUGCUUCCUUUUUACUGGAAGUCCACUUCCUGAUGGUUAUAAUUGUAAUGUUGAAGAGAUGACAAGCAGGAAUAUUUGAAUGGUUUGAUAUUUGGUGUUGUAGGUUUGCUUUGGAAGCACAAUGGAAAGGCCUAGGGAAGAAAAACAAUCCAAUUCCAAAACACCCGACUUCCUGCAACGGGUCACCCAAGCUGCAGUGCAUUGUGGCGUUUCCUGUUCUUCACUAUGCUUUCAGAUUUAUAAAACUCACUAACGUUUUCUUCCAUAUACAUAUAGAGAGCACUAUAUUUUUAGCUAUUUUCAUAUAAAACUGAUCAGGGAGCAGGUCUCCUCCCCUUUUUUUUUUUUUUUUUUGUCAGGCACAAAACGUAAAGUCCGAAUGAUUUGACACUUGCUCAAAAGCAGCCUUACUUUAGAUUAGCCUUGAUCACGUUUAGCUCACUGAUGAUGUGGUAGCCAGCUGUGGAUUUGAGUCGGAGUGUGUUCAUGGUGCGAGGUGAAACAGCCUGCAUGUCUGAUCCUAUUACCUGGAAGAAGCUGCCCUCUUGUGGUGUGACUUGGCUGGCCAAGUUUUCAUGACAUAAAUAGCUCUUUGUGGUUUGUUUCACUGUAUAGCUGCAGAUGUGAUGCAUUUGCGAUCUCUCCCUCCCCCCGGUGCUUCCAAAAUCUGAUAUUUUUUUUCAGUGCUUUGUACUACUUUUGAUUAAUGGUCACCAUGUUUAUGGUAAUACUAUUCAGCAGGACUGGACUAGAAUGACACUAUACCUAUUCAAGGUACUUUUUCAUUUUAUUAAUGUCUUUCUUUCCCCCUCCCCCCCCUUCUGAAAUAGUACAGUGCAUUUAGAAUGUGCUAGUUGAUGUUACGCUUUAACACUGACAUAAAUAAAAUAUUACGCUAGCAAGCUUAUAAGCACAUAUCGACUGCGUGUCUAUGCUAAUUGGCUAUGCUGAUAAUUUAUUGCAUAAAACCGCUACUGAUUUUUACUAAUUUAUAUGAACUGAGGUUUUUAAUUCUGUCUAGACAGUGCCAGAUCUUACAGGAUGAACCUUAUCUAAUUUCUGCUAUUUGAUCUUGAUGUAGUUUGCUCCCCCCCCCCCCCCAAUUUUUUUUUUUUGCUUUUGUUUGACUUGUUUUAAACAAUAUUGAAUUCUAACAUCAAUAAAAGUGUCUGCUUUAGAAUAAAAUGUCUGUGUUAAUUCAGUGGAUUGCACAUCAGGAAAUUGGAAGCAGGACUGUUUUUCUUUGUUUUAAUCCUGUCCUUGCAAGCCCCUUUGACCAAGUCCACCGGAGUAUAAACUUGGCUCCGUUUUCCAAAAAAUAUAAACAAAUUAAUAAUUUAAACCACCGUGACCCUGACCACAAUAAAGCAAUUACUGAGGCCAAA